AUGAAGAUCUCUUUUCUUAUUGCUGCGUUCUUACUCGCGCUGACCAGCGCCCGAGUCGCUCAACCUUUGUUGAGCCACUCCAAUGUAUCCACUGCUGGGGAUAUCACGACCACCUCCGGAACAAUCACGCCCCUGCCCUACCCUCCUACUUCAAAAAACGUCUGGAACACUUGCAAGUGUAGAGGCGAGAACUUCUGGAAGGCUAUGCACACUGUGAAAGAAGGGGCCGGCAAGCUGUUCAACCCGCCCCGCGACACAUCUGAGAGCACCUUCACCGAUACCGCGGAGCUGACUAAGUGGUCUUGGAACGAUGCAGAACCUCAGGCCACCUACUUCGAUUUCGCCAAGGCCUGGGGAGUGGACCACGUCUUGCGUGCGAUUGGAGUCUCCGACAAGGCCACGAAAGAUGGAGGCAGCAUCCAGGUUUUCAAGGCCACUCACGGCGACAGCAAUGCUAACGGUGGAGGCCAUGGUAUAUCUCCAUACAACGUGCAGCCACGAUACACAGCCAACGGAAGGACCUACCGCGUUACCGGCAGCGAAUACAACUUCGGUUUCGAUCCCAGCGGAGUACUCCUAGCUUUGGACCGCAAGUCACCUCAGUUUGCAGGCAGCAAGCGCAACCCUAGGGUUCAAGGAGACGGCCUACCGGAGCUUCAGUCGUUUUCCGAUGUUGCCUGGCUGAAAUGGAAGGGGGCCACUGGCCGUACACCCACUUCAAUGCGCUACUUCGCGUCCCUGUCGAUCACAAAUGAUGAGACGAGGGGAAUUAUUAACAUCGUGCUCUCCAGGGCAAAUUUCGAUCAACUCCCUGCCUGGCCAGGUCACGACGUGGAUCCCAACACUGAGGAAGGUGCAGCUCUGCUCGGGUCACCUAACGCCCUCGCGUUUAGCUAUUUCCUAGUCCAGCACAAGGCGACACUGGGGGAUCUCAAGAUCUCCAAGAUUACGAUCUUUAAGAACAGUCUCAAAUUUGCGGACCCCUGCUUACUUCUUGCUGUGAAGAAGGCAGAGCUAGUCCCCCCGAGGCCAGCACCAAAGCCGCCGAAGGAGCCACACCUGCCGCUCUUCAAUAACGCCAACGAUGACGCCUGGUACAAGGCCAAGUGCAAGGGUGCUAGCUUUGUGCGGGCAAUGCGCGGGUCAGAUCGAGACGCCGGUCAAGUUUUCAAGCCGACACGAGAUCCCGCUGCACCAGAAUUUGAAGACCUCGACUUCGACACCGCAGAGAAGUGGGGCUGGGGAUAUUCGGAGAAGAUUGCUUCAGGCGAUUUCAGAGACUGGGGCAUAGACCACGUGCUUCGAGAGCUGGGACUUUCGGACAAGUGCAAUGGCCGGGGCGGCAAUAUGGACUAUUUAAAUUUCGUCCACGGCUUCGAGCAACUUGAAGACGGCAGCUGGGACCUUGACCCCACCCCGUACGACGUGGAUGGCGGGAUGUAUCGCCGGUUGUGCGCACACUACGGCAUCGCUUUCGACGCGUAG